CCGUUAUUGCUGCCGUGUUAUCGUUUUUGUAAAAUGUUAUUUUUAUUUUUGAUAAGUUUGGUGCCUCUCGUGGUUGCUAAAAAUGAAUUGUACAUGGGGUACAAAGUUUACAAUGUAAAACUCACGUCACAACAGCAGCAGGAAAAUUUACACCUGUUAAAAGCAGAUAUAAUAGACUACUGGAUAAAGCCAAACUUCAAGUAUGGCGUCACAGGUUUAGCCAUGGUGCCUCCCUCACACUUCAGCUGGUUUGAAGAAAGGCUAGAUGAGCUGCAUGUUGACAAGGCAAUUGCUAUUGAAGAUGUAUACGAAUACUUAUCUGCCAAGGAAUCAAGUGUCACAAAGAAGGCACCAAGUAACGCUUACAAUAACGAAUACCAAUUCGAUGACGAGGGAGAUGCUAACGAUAGAACUGACGAAAAUAACGUCACUGAUGAAGACGGUAACAGUGGCAAUGAAACUCAGGAAAGUAACGUCACUGACGAAGACGGCAAUGGUAACAAUGAAACUGAGGAAACGAACGUCACUGAUGAAGAUGAAAAUGGCAGUAAUGAAACUGAGGAAACUAAUGUUACCGAUGAAGAUGAAAAUAGUGGCAAUGAAACUGAGGAAACUAAUAUCACCGAUGAAGACGAGGAUGGUGGCGAUGAAACUGAAGAAACUAACGUCACUGAUGAAGAUGAAAAUGGUGGCAAUGAAACUGAGGAAACUAAUGUCACUGAUGAAGAUGAAGACGGUGGCGAAGAAACUGAGGAAACUAACGUGACUGAUGAAGAUGGGGACGGUGGCGAUGAAACUGAAGAAACUAAUGUUACUGACGAAGACGAUAGAACUGAAGAGGUUGAUGAAACCGAGGAAAGUGAAGAAGAUGAUAUCACUUUUGGCUUUGACGAUUAUUAUCGUUACAACACAAUACUGAACUACAUAUACAAUAUACGAGAUGCCUAUGAAGAUUCUCAGACUACUUCUAUUGAAGUUGUAGAAUUUGGUUCAACUGAUCUUAACAGACCUUUGGUAUAUCUAAAAUUAACUAGAACCGGUGGCGAAGAAAACAAGCCCAUUAUUGUUAUCGAGGGAGGAAUAAACCCAAGGGAAUGGAUCACUAUACCCUCUGCUUUGAAGGUUGUAGAAGGAGUGUUAGAAAGUAACCAAGCGAGAUAUUUAGAUAAUUUUGACUGGAUUGUUUUACCUGUAGUAAAUCCUGAUGGAUAUGAAUACACACAUACUGACCUUCGCCUUUGGGAGAAGAAUCUCAGCACGAAAAGCAAUUUGGGCUUUAUCUGUCCUGGCGUCAAUAUCAACAGGAAUUUCAACAUCGACUGGUCCAGAGCCGAUUCUAGUUCCAGUGCUUGCAGCCACCUUUAUGCUGGCACUGAAGCAAACUCUGAAAUUGAAACCCAAUUAAUUCAAAGUAUCAUAGAUACUUACAGAGAUCGGAUCAGCAUGUACAUUUCUCUACAGAACGGUGGAGGCUAUAUCUCUUAUCCUUGGCAGUAUGAAUUCGCUGCAAGUGGUACGUUCAGACAAAACCAUUUGCUUGCCAUGGAAAUGGUAGCAGCAAUGCAAGAUGAAUAUCAUCUGGAUAUAGCAUCAGUAGCUUACGGAGAUAGAGCGUCUGGUACGAGUUCAGAUUAUGCUAGAAUUAAUGAUGUGCUGUAUGCUUUUAAUAUUGAUAUUGUUAGACGAGGAUCUGACGGAGUUAUUGUACCGGAAAAUGAAAUUGUUGACAUUGUCGAAGAUGUUUGGCGUGCUGUGGCUGUCGCAGCUGAUAAUUUGAUAAACUAGAGU